ACGUCCAUGACACAAUGAAGUUGUUACACAGAGCGCUGGUGUUUGUUGCCCUCGGAAGCAGGGGCCUGAGCAGAGCUAUGUGUGCGCAGGCCAAUGACUGGAAAAGCGCCAAGAGUAUUUACGAAUUCUCUGCCAAAGACAUAGAUGGGAACGAGGUUUCUUUGGAAAAAUACAGAGGCUUCGUAUGCAUCAUCACGAACGUAGCCUCUAAAUGAGGCAAGACUCCAGUAAACUACACUCAGUUUGCGGCCAUGCACACCACGUACACUGAGAAGGGUUUACGCAUCAUAGGCUUCCCGUGUAACCAGUUUGGAAAACAGGAGCCUGGUACCGAAGCUGAUAUUAAGGAGUUUGCGAAAGGUUACAAAGCGGAAUUCGAUCUCUUCAGUAAGAUCGAUGUAAAUGGAGACAACGCUCAUCCUCUCUGGAAGUGGAUGAAAGAUCAGCCGAAUGGAAAAGGAACUCUCGGAAACAACAUUAAGUGGAAUUUUACCAAGUUUCUCAUCGACCGAGAAGGGCAGGUUGUGAAAAGAUACGGACCAAUGGAUGACCCAAGCGUUGUCGAAAAGGAUCUGCCAAAAUACUUAUAACCAGUGUGGAUCUCAUCUAUUCAUCCUGACUCACUGACUCACCAUCUACGCUCCUGCAGCCUGCUGGGUAUUUUCAGGCCUUUUCCCAAAAUAAUGACGGCCUCUCUGUAAACCUGCCUGCAGGUAGGACUGGCCUGAUGACCCCUGGUGUGCAAAACCUCCCCUGGGAAGCCUGCAUAUAUCCAGCUAUUUCUGCAGAGUGAAGACUGAAUCAAACCCUCUACUGACUUGACUUUUAUCAUGUAUUGCUAACAGCAAAGAACAAUAAUAAGAAUAAGUAAUAAAGCAUGAAUACAUUUGC